GCAGAAGGCAAGGCAAGAAUGGGGAGGGACACGAUGAAGCUCAUCCGGGGCCUCUCCUGGGGCCCCUCCCUCACCCCACUCCUUCCCAUCACCAACACAUCCAGGCGUCCAGGCAUGUGAGAGCCUGCCUUGCCAGGAAACAGCAUAAGCUGAAGGGGGACAGAUAAGAUUACCUGGCGGUGGAAGAGAAUAGGAGAACUCCGCUGAAUCCUGACCCUGGUCCUGCUUCUCUUCUCAUCCCUCCCCCAGCUCUGGCCCCAAUCCCCCCAGUCCACCUUCUACAGUGUGUAUGUUGCCUGGCCUCUCUGGCCUGUAGAGGUGAGCCAAACAACUCAGCCCCCCAGCUGCUUUAUCUUUGCCUGUUUCCAGCUUCCUGGUCCGGCUGAGCCCCUUUUCUUCAACUCCUGGCCUACCUCCUCCCAUCUCUUGCCUUGGGCCCUGCCCCAGUCACUCCACCCUCAGGGAUCUCACCAGGCUGUCAAUGACAGCUUUUCCAUGUAAGGCAUGGUGCCAGAUUCCAGGAGGAAUGGGGGAUGCAUGGAGGUAUAAGGGACUUAUAACCUGGUUAGGGAGUCAUGACACACAACCAUGAAGAGACCCCACUACCAGGCUGCACCAGGAUACAAGACAAGAAAGGAAUGGAUGCAGUGGUAGAGACAUACUAAGAAGCAGCCUGCUCUUCUUGGAAAAGUCAAGCAAAACUUGGAAAUGAAGAGAUUUGAGGGGGGCCUGGCAGAUCGAUAGAGUUGGGGUAAGGGAAAAGAAAGGCCUCUGCCCAAGUAACAGCCAGAACUUGAGGUUCCUUGGGCAGGGCACCAGGAGCAUUGUCUUAGCUUGGGUUCUCCCAAAGCAGAGCUUGAACUAAGGGCUUGGGUACAGGUAAUCCUGUACUUGGGAGGCUAACUCAGGAAGUGAGGGCAUAGGGUAAGACAAGAGAGAGGAAAGCCAUUAAGAGCACAUGAAGUCCCUUCGGUAGGCCUUGGGAACCUCUGAGAAAAGUACAGAUUGCCCAAGACAAAAAGACUGGCAGGGUGAUCAGUCCAAAGCAUUUAUUAGGAGAACUUAAUGAGUGGGCUGCAGCAUAUCCUCAUAACAGACAGUGAAAGAAAGAGUUGUUCUACCAAAGUAUGUCCAAAACAAGGGGGUCAGGGUAUGGAGUUUAUGAGGGUUCAAGGACUUUGGCUCAGGGCCAGGGCCAGUAUCUUUCCGUGUUUUGGGCAACAACCCGAAUACCUUUUCAGUGCCUGGUAAUGUUCAAGGCUCUGGCUUGGGCUCAAGCCUCCAGGGGAAAUGCAGCUGGCCAGGUGACAGAGCCAGCAAGUUACUCUGUGUUUCUUUGUCAGGACACAGAAAAAAAGUGGGGAAGCUGGGGACCCUACAAGGAUCCUGGUCAGGAAAGCAGGGAUUGUGUUUAUUUCAGGGUUUCACCGUCAGGGUCUCAGCUUCCACGCAACUGUCUAUCACAGCUGCAACUGAAAUCAGAGCUAGGACACAGUGCAGCAAAAGCUAAAGUCUUGAUCCUGUCAAAGGACAUCCCUGCCCCAUUCACAUCUCCUUCAUGUCCAUUAAUAGGCAAAAGGGGAAAAGUGAGAGAGAUGACUUAAGUGUGGCCGAAGCAGGCAGCUCUGGAAAAUGAAGCCAGAGCAAUGAGCCAGCCUGUCCCUUGACCAAGGAGGAAUGAGCAGGUAAGCAGGAAGGCCAGCAUCCCAGACAGGACCCUAAUAAUCCUGAACCCGUGGAUCAGGAUCCAUCCUCUCCUCACACCCUUCCUGGACAGUCUCACCUCUCAUUUUCUAAAGCCCUGCAAUGCUGCCAUCCCGCUUCCCCACACUCAGCAGGGGUUCCCUUUUCCUAAUGCUGCAGCUUAUGGCUUCUCCAGUAGGUGGCAGCAUACACAGAGCCGCUCACAAAACGCAGCUUCUCAGAGCCUGAAAGCCAGAAACUGUCCCUAGAAAUUUCCCUCCAUAGUAAUACAGAAACACCAGAGGUCACAUUUCAUCCUUUUACAUGGUUCCCAUCUACCCUCACAACACAUACCAUCACCAAAGACAUACAAACAAGCUCCGGUGGCUUUUGCGGGGCAAUUCUUUUUCCAGGACCACAUCUGGCCCCUCCUUCAUCCCUCCCCUUGGACUUUGCCCUUCUUACUGGCCAGGCAGGGGGGCCAGAGUCCAGGCUUGACUCAUUCCCACCUCAUCCUGGGCUGAGAUAUCAGGUUUGUAACAGAAAACACCACUGAAGCCCCAGCAUAGCAGAGAACCACUCAGCCCAGAAGUUCCAGGGAAGAAGGAACUCUCCUGUCCACCAUGGAGUACCUCUCAGCUCUGAACCCCAGUGACCUGCUCAGGUCAGUAUCUAAUAUAAGCUCGGAGUUUGGACGGAGGGUCUGGACGUCAGCUCCACCACCCCAGCGACCUUUCCGUGUCUGUGAUCACAAGCGGACCAUACGGAAAGGCCUGACAGCUGCCACCCGCCAGGAGCUGCUAGCCAAAGCAUUGGAGACCCUACUGCUGAAUGGAGUGCUAACCCUGGUGCUAGAGGAGGAUGGAACUGCAGUGGACAGUGAAGACUUCUUCCAGCUGCUGGAGGAUGACACGCGCCUGAUGGUGCUGGAGUCUGGUCAGAGCUGGAGUCCCAUCAGGAGUGGAGUGCUGUCAUACGGCCUGGGCCGGGAGAGGCCCAAGCACAGCAAGGACAUCGCCCGCAUCACCUUUGACGUGUACAAGCAAAACCCUCGAGACCUCUUUGGCAGCCUGAACAUCAAAGCCACAUUCUACGGGCUCUACUCUAUGAGCUGUGACUUUCAAGGACUUGGCCCAAAGAAAGUACUCAGGGAGCUCCUUCGUUGGACCUCCACACUGCUGCAAGGCCUGGGCCACAUGUUGCUGGGAAUUUCCUCCACCCUUCACCAUGUAGUAGAGGGAGCUGAGAAGUGGCAGCAAAAGGGCCGCCUCCAUUCCUACUAAGAAGGGCCUCUGGGCUUCUGUCACCAGACCCAUUCCAAGAUACACACUGCAAAGACUGUGACAGCAUCAAGUUUCAGGACCUGAAGACAGUACAGGCUAGAUACCUUACCCAAUUUCCCCACUGUCCUCUGACCCCCUCGUGACAGAACCUUUCAGCAUAACACCUCACAUCCCAAGUCUAUACCCUUACCUGAAGAAUGCUCUUCCUUCCUAGCCACCUUUCUGCCUCCCACUUGCCCUCAAAGGUCAUAAACCUAACCCCAGGCAUCUUGAUCUGAGCCUGUUUGCUGCUACCUCUAAUCCCCUACCAAGGCCUCCUGUCCCUAAACUCCCCAGCAUACUGAUGACAGCCCCCUCUGACUUUACCCUGAAAUCUGUCUUCAUACCCUUCCCCCAAAAAUAACAAAAACAUUUUCAAUAAAAAUAUGAAAUAUUUACUACUAA